AUGUCGCGAGAGAGGAGGGGAUUGAGAGAAUGUGGGCGUCGAGUUUUUUUUUUCAGUUGGAAGAAGACAAAUAGAACUGAGGGCGAGGUCGUCGAAGAAGAAGAAAGCGAAAGGAAGAAGAAAGUGAAGCAGAAGAAGGACGAAGAAGAAAGCCACAGAGAGAGAGAGAGAGCGAGGGAGCCUGCGAAAGUGAUGAAGAAGAAAUUGAAGGGAAAAGGUCUCCCAUCACCAGUCAUAUCCACCCACCUACCCAACGUUCGUCUCUUUCCUUCUCCUCCCUCCCCUACCCAAUACCCCGAUCUGCAGCCGCCGCCGCCACCGGGCAAUUACCGGCCAAUUGUAAUUGGAUUUUCGCCCAAAAUUACCGGCCAAAUUGGUACGGAUCUUCUACCCAAUACCCCGAUCUGCAGCCGCCGCCGCCGGGAAAUUACCGGCCAUUUGGAUAUGGAUUUUUGCCGGAAAUUAUCGGAUAACUUGAUCUGUCGAUUUGCCAGGCUGAUGGCAGAGCAUCAAAAGAGUAAAUCUUCAGACACAACUCCGAAUUUAGCCACGAAUCGAAACAAAACGAGGGUAAGGACGUUCGAGAAAGCACCAGAUGUUUGGAUUUUGGAAUUAGGAGAAAAGCUCCGUGAGCUGACGAGCUUGAAGAAAGUACUCGCAGGCAAGGGGUUGGCCCUGCAGGGCCUGCAGGAGCACAGCUCAAAUUGGCCCAAAAGGAGGUUUCCAUCUGAAAAAACAAGCUCACGCAGGACUGUAUGA